AUGCGCCCCUCCCUGAUCCUCCGCGCUGCGCACCAGCGCACCCCCCUCAUAAAAUUCAUUGGAAAACGCUCACCACCCAAAUCAGUAGACCACACUCCUCACGCCCACCCGGCCUCGCCCACGCACAGCCUCCCCGAGAGCUUCGCGACCUACCGCUCCAAAGCCCAACAGCACGGUCCCCUACGAGGCAGCGGCGGCAACAACGGCGGCGGCGGCGGUGUGCCGUCAUCCUCAUAUACUGCCGCAGCUUCUUCGGGCUCGGCAAUGUCCUACGGUGCCAUCGGAGGCUCGCCAGGAAGAGCACUGGGGUCGGUCAAGCCCAAGCAGGGAGAAUUCUUCGACAGAGACGAGCUGCCAGCCCGAUUCCGCCGGAAGGCCUGGUCGGAAGAGGAGAUCGAGGCGGUGGAUAGUGCGGGAGCCAGCAUGUUUGCUUGA